CCCCUCCUUCCUCACGUCGGUCACGCUGUCAGAAGUCGCCGGCUCCCGAGCACUGACAGAAAAGCCUAACAAAAUGAAGAUCUGGGCGUCAGAGCACAUUUUUAACCAUCCAUGGGAGACGGUGACCAAUGCAGCGAUGCAGAAAUACCCCAACCCAAUGAACCCCGGUGUGUUUGGUGUGGAUGUUCUGGACAGAAGCGUUGACACACAGGGGCGGUUACACAGCACCAGACUACUCAGUACAGAGUGGGGGCUCCCCGCUAUGGCCAAGUCUAUCAUUGGGGUAACGAGAACGUGCACUUAUGUUCAGGAACAUUCGGUGGUGGACCCCAAAGAGAAGACCUUUGAGUUGAAAUCUACAAAUAUCUCCUUCACUAACCUUGUAUCUGUGGACGAGAAGUUGACAUACAAGCCACACCCCCAGGACCCUGAAAAGACGGUGCUGACCCAGGAGGCUUUAAUCAGUGUGAAAGGUGUCAGUCUAAGCAGCUACCUCGAGAGUCUCAUGGCCAAGACCAUCUCUGUCAACGCUAGCAAGGGUCGGGAGGCGAUGGAGUGGGUCAUCAGACGACUAAACACAGAAAUUGAGGAGUUGGCGGCAACAGCCCGCAGCAGUAUACGUGUUCCGAUGGCAGCAGCCGUCGCAGACAAAUGAUCCCAGCCCUUCCCCUGCUGCUUGCUCCAACCCUCAUGAACCUAUGGUCCGCUCAGACAUUUCCCAUUACCUCGCCUGCAAGCACAUCCUAAUCACCACAGCCCCAACCUUCAGCUCCAUGUUUGUAGUUUUUGUGUGAAUAUCACACAAAAAAACCCUAGUGUUCAUCCCUCCUCAGAUGUCUGCACAGCGAGUUUGAUGCUCGCCAAAGUGGGCAGUGACGGGGAGUGCUGAGCUGAUGAUAGUCCAACUACAAACAGGGUUGAAUUUGACUGAACUUGAAGCUCAUAGUACUUAGUCCAGUGACGUUAAGCUCUUUAAAAAAAUCACACUGUGCCUCAACAUAAUCUGUUCACUUAUCUCUUUCUCUCUGUCUUUUAUCUUCUCUCUUGCUUUUAUGAUAUUCUUUAACUGUUUCAAAAUCUUUUUAAACUCGUUUAGUACUUGUAACCCCUGAAACCAAGUCACUCAACAAGUCCCUCUAAUCUAACUUUACUGGACUUUUCACAACCACCAGGCUGUAACAAACGGUAAACAUAACUGUAAGCUACAUACUUCAACAGCUGUUUGUCUUGUGACUUUGAAGCUCCUUGCUUUCCUUUUCCAUUAUCCAGUGAAGUCACAUAUAGAGUAAGCUGAUACUCCAGGGAAACAUAUAGUUUUCUCCCACUACCUGACAUUUUUUUGGGGCCAUUAAUGGAAUUGCACGAGUCGUCUGAGCAGAUUGAUUGUAGUAAAGACCUGUGUAGCUCAGAAGUAGCAGAACUCUCAUGUGAAAGCCAGAUGUGAGUACGUUAAGUGACCAGGGUACUUGCAAGUUGAUGUAACACAAACAGUAUCAACCCCAAAAGCACUUGUGCCAUCAGGUUCAAAAAUGUUGAAAAAUGUUCUGAGUGAGUUGGUGCUGAUUUCUGAAACGACCACAAAGUCCAGCUAAGGAGUUCUGUUGAAGUGUCCCAGCCUUUUUUUCCUCCUGUUUAGUUGACUUCAAUAUCUUUUGAUGUAGGUGCAGGGUUGUCUUCUUAAGUCAGCAUGCUGGACUGGUCUUCUUGCGGUCAUUCUGCUCUUUUCCCUCUCCCCUCUCCUCCUUGUUGCUGUUUUCUACCACACUCUUGUGAAGUAUUGUAUAGCAAAGUGUUACGGUAUAACAGUGCUCAUACUUGAAUGUCUAACUUAUUGAUAGUAAAUUAAACACAGUUAAAGGGGAAGCAAGUCGUUGAAGUGAUACAAACACUCGUUUGAGCGCUAAGCAACAUGUUGGCAUUUACAGAAGUGUUUUUAUUUUUUGUCAGCGCUCACCAGUGUUGUGAGAGAAACUUUCUACAUGGCUAGUUUCAGAAUCACUGAGUGUGCAGACAUGAAAUGUGAAACUGAAAUAAGUGUACAGAUCUAUUACUCCACAUAUUUGAAUCUGUUAUCAAGAACAAACCCACUCCGUAUCCAUGCUGUCCAUAGAGUGUAGUCACACUGAUAAACAUGGGCAGAGGUCAAAGGUGAAAUUGAUUGAUUUUUAAAGCUAUUAUCUUGUGUUGUUUUAAUUUCUCAUUUCUCCUGCUUCUGCCAUUGUGGUCUCAGGUGCUACAUUUGUUUAGUUUCCCUGUUUUCUUCUUUCACAAAGACCACAUUGAAAAGAAGGCGACUUAAUAAUUGUUACUCUUGUAUGUUCUUUUCUUCUCUUCUUUCUCUAAAUGUUCAUAUCUACCGCUCUGCUCUGACCUUUACAUACAUGUGUAUGGUUCAAAUCCUGCUAUAACUUUGCUGCAAUAUGUGCUAAUGGAGCACAGUGUCAUAAUGCUUCCGAGAUGCUCCACAUUUUUGCUCUCAACAUGUGCUUUCAAUUCCUCAGAUGUCAGUGUAACUGCAGUAUUACUGCCUUUCACUCCCGCUCCUGGUCCGGCUGAGUUUCCUUUAAAAGAAAAACAAACAAACAGUUUUUCAAUCUCAUCAUGCAUCGUCUAUAGCUCAGGAUCGUUCUGUUUUGAAGUCUGAUCUGCUGCCCUCACUGACUGGUCAGCGUGUCGGUGUCUCCUCCAAUGAAUGAAGUGUGAUGUUUUUCUAUUGGGAGCAUUUGAGGAACAGUGGCUGUAAAUAGGCUUAUAUUUAUAUUUUGGUGGUGUUACAUUCCAAGAAUGUGAACAUGUAAAAUAAAAAGUCUAAAGAGUGCACACUGAAAUGUUUCACAAAUAAAGGGAUGUCAUUGUUUCAUGAA